UUAGGAAAACCAUUUUUCAAACAAUCCUCUCGCCUGGGCCAACACGUCCGUAUACGACUUCAAAAGUCAACUCAAAAACGGAGCGAUGACCCUGUAUAUGUGGGCGUACGCCGAGGACAUGAACUCGGACGAUGUCUUGCAUCCUCUAGGCACCGUAGUUAGCAAUCCCAAUACGGAAUAUUCUACGACUCUCACACUGUAUAUGAAAAGUUAUCUUAAGGAUCAAACUGUUGUGUUUCCUUCUGUUGAGACGAUAAUCAAAAACGUGGAUUUGAAAGAUAGCGAUAUCGAGACUGAAAGAAUCGACGAAAUAACGGCUUGCAAAAAGCUUUUGAAUGAGAUUGAUAAUCUGUACGAAGCUCACGAUCAGGAUCGUAAGAAAAUUUGGGCUCUGAAGAAUCACUGGCGCAAAACCGAACCGGAAGUUUUGCCCAAACUCCUCUAUUGCAUCGACUGGGAUAAGAGGGAGGAAGUCAGCGAAGUCGUAGUGAUGCUCAAAAAAUGGCCUAAAUUGCCCGUAGAGAAGGCUUUAGAACUUUUAGAUUACGCUUACGCCGAUCAGGAGGUCAGAAAAUUCGCUGUCGAAUGUCUGUAUGAUGUCAGCGAUGAGGAUCUUCUGUUAUACCUGCUUCAAUUAGUGCAAGCCUUGAAGCAUGAGCUUUACUUAGAGUGCGAUUUAGUGAAUUUUCUAAUUAAAAGAGCGCUUAGUAAUCAACAAAUUGGACAUUAUUUGUUCUGGCACCUCCGUUCGGAAAUGCAGGUGCCGGCCGUAUCGGUCCGCUUCGGCCUCAUUCUCGAAGCUUACUGCAGAGGCACCCAGGAGCACAUAGUGAUCCUCCAGAAGCAGCUCGAGUGCCUCGAGCGGCUGAAGAAGAGCAGCGACAUCGUGCGUCAGCGGAAGGACAAGGAAAAGGCCAAAGCGGCGCUCAAGGAGUAUCUCAGCGAGUCGGGGGCCGAGGUCGUGAAUCACGUCAAGAGUCCAUUGAAUCCGAUGUACAGGUGUACGAGGAUCAAGUUGGAGAAGUGCAGGGUCAUGGAUAGCAAGAUGCGUCCGUUGUGGAUCGUUUUUGAAAAUUCUGACGCUUACGGUGACGAUGUGUACAUCAUUUUCAAAAACGGCGAUGAUCUGCGACAGGAUAUGUUGACGCUGCAGAUGAUCAAAAUCAUGGAUAGGUUGUGGAAGAGGGAAGGCCUAGACUUAAGAAUGAAUCUAUAUGGAUGCAUAUCAUUAGAGCAUCGCGUUGGUAUGAUCGAAGUAGUUUUAAAUGCCGAAACCAUAGCGAAUAUCCAAAAGGAGAAGGGAAUGUUCACUGCCACUGCUGCUUUCAGAAAGGGGCCCAUUUUAGCUUGGUUAAAAGACUAUAAUACUUCAGAAGCUGCCUUAAAUAAAGCCGUAAACGAAUUUACGCUGUCAUGCGCGGGAUAUUGCGUAGCUACGUACGUUCUGGGCAUCGCCGAUCGCCAUUCGGACAAUAUUAUGGUCAAACAAAAUGGACAGCUCUUCCACAUCGAUUUUGGUCACAUUUUAGGUCAUUUUAAAGAAAAAUUCGGUUUCAAAAGAGAAAGAGUACCGUUUGUAUUAACCCACGAUUUUGUCUACGUUAUAAACAAAGGACAAAAUUCCAAAGCCCUGGAAUUCAAGAUAUUCCAAGAAUAUUGCGAAAAGGCAUUUAUGAUUCUAAGAAAACACGGAAAUCUCUUUAUUUCGCUAUUUGCCAUGAUGAUAUCGACGGGACUGCCAGAAUUGAGCUCCGAAAAGGAUCUCAACUAUUUAAGGGAUACUUUGGUGAUGAAUAAAUCGGACGAAGAAGCCCUGCUCCACUUCAGGUCAAAGUUCGACGAAGCCCUUUCGAACUCUUGGAAAACUUCCGUCAACUGGGCCACUCACAAUAUAGCUAAAAAUAACAAAGCGUAAUCAUACAUUUUCUAUUUUUUUGCGUUCGAUUACGUUGCCAAGCUGAUAAGAAUAAAGUGCCAACAUGUAGUAGUAAUAGUCUAUUUAUACAGUAUAAUACGAAAAAUAGAUUUUUUUUGUAAAUAAAUUUUGUCAGUAAGA